AUGGAGAACGCGACCGAUGACCGGCUUCUCGACGUGGACAACAGCCAGCUCCCUCUGUACAGCAUCAGCCCGCAUGGCGACCGGAUCUGGGCCCACCUGCUGUUCAACCCCUGCUUUCGACUUUGGCGCCGUCUGAAGAAGGGUGACAGCAAGAUGAAGCUGUCGGCACAGCGGUUUCUGCAGAGCUUGACGGCCAAGGACUCGACGCGCAGUGCGUGCAUCACUCACCCGGAGGCCGACAUGUUCCCCGACAUUUUUUUGUGGACAAGAGGGACCACACUCCCAUCGGCGCCCUUCCCGCGUCCAUGCUCGCUUCCUCAUCGUGGAAUGGGAAGCGGAGGAUUGCAUCUGCAAUGA